CGGUGAUUGGCGGGAGCUGCGGCUGCGCAGUGAGGGCUCCGGGGCUGUGAGUGCCAGCUGCUGGGGAUCCGGUACCGGGCUCGGUGUCAGCAUGUUCCGCAGGAAGCUCCAGGCCCUGGACUAUCACAACCCCGCCGGCUUCAACUGUAAAGAUGAAACAGAGUUUCGAAACUUCAUUGUUUGGUUAGAAGAUCAGAAAAUUCGACACUACAAGAUCGAAGAGCGGGGUAAUUUGAGAAAUAUACAUAGCAGCGAAUGGCCCCGCCACUAUGACAAGUACGUGCAGGAUGUAAAUGCUCCCUUCAAAGCAGAGGAACGUCAAGAAACCAUUGAUUGGCUCCUGGGUCUGGCUGUGCGUCUAGAAUAUGGUGAUAAUGCUUCCAAGUAUCAGAAUGCAAAGCCUCUCGGUACAGAAAAUUCAAAGCCUUCGGAGCCACUCAUUAAUCUGGAUGUGAGUAAUCCAGACUUUAAAGCUGGGGUCACAGCUCUGGCGAACCUCCUGCAAAUACAGCGACAUGACGACUACCUUGUCAUGCUGAAAGCUAUUCGAAUUUUGGUCCAGGAACGUUUGUCCCCAGAAGCUAUAGCCAAAUCUAAUAGCUCUAAAGAGGGACUUCCUGUUACAUUGGACAAACACGUGCUUGGAUUCGACACCGGAGAUGCAGUUUUAAAUGACGCCGCCAGGAUACUGCGCUUACUGCACGUUGAAGAACUGAGACAACUGCAGACCAAAAUCAACGAAGCCAUCGUGGCCGUGCAGGCCAUCAUUGCGGAUCCCAAGACAGAUCACAGAUUGGGAAAAGUUGGGAGAUGAAAAGCGCAUCCUAUCGUGUUUUCCCCCUACUGUAACAGAGAUUAGACAAAGUGUGUGGCUGUGGUGGAUUGCAGCAUCCAGGAUAAGAGUUUGUAGAGUACUUGCCAAUCACAUGAAAUAAAGUACUCAGCCUGAUUGUUAAGGAAACAGAAGGUAAUUCUGUCAUUUUGUUUUAAUUUAUGAAGCAGUGACUUUGUUUGUUUUUCUGUAAAACUGCAUGCUUAAUAUAAAGGCACUUCCAAAUCGCAAAUUGGAUUU